GCUUUAAAUACCAUCCCCGACUAUACGCUGUUAAUGAGAAACCUUCGGUCUCGGCAGUUGGAAAGCUUCGCUUUAUUUGGUUGGAUGUACAAUAUAAUUAGUCGGAGGUUGUAAUUGUGAAAAUUUCAAAAUACUUGCUAUGGUGACAUCAUUUAUAUAAAAAAGAUUCAGGCAUUGAAGAAAAAGAAAUGUAUAACACUGGAAGGAAUAUACAUAAAAAUGGUAAUUGGCAGUUCCGUCAAUCAGAAAGACCAAAAAAAUUUGGUAGACCAAUUAUGCGCAACGGGAAACUUGAUUUUCGCAAUUACUGUGAGAACACAAGUCUUCAUGGGUUUCGCUAUAUAAUAAUGUCGAAGUCGAGUAUUUGUGAAAAAUUGAUUUGGCUUGUGAUAUGCUGCUCAGGAUUUGCCUUUAGUGUCUUCAUGAUGUUGAGAGUGUGGCAACGUUUUUUGAUAACUCCCACAGUUACCACCAUAGACACCACCACGAGUCCAAUAUGGAAUUUGCCAUUUCCAGCAGUGACGAUUUGCAAUUUUAAUAAGGUCUAUCAACCCCAUGCAGAAGUAUUAGCCAACGAGCUAAUGAAAUAUGGAUUCAACCAGACGGAGAUAGACAAUUUUUUCAUAUCUCUACCAAAAUUAAUUCGAUCCGAGGAUGUCGCAAAUGAUUAUGCUCCAGUGAUGCGUACUUUGGCGCAUUUAAAUAUCCCAACGGAAGAGCUGAUGUUGAAGUUGAUGCAACCCUGCAGUAAGUUACUGGUAAGAUGUGCCUGGCUUGGACAAAUAUACGAUUGCAAAAAAUUGUUCAAAACAGCUAAAUCAAUCGAGGGCUAUUGCUGCUCCUUUAAUUACCAUGCAACAAUAUCACUGGAAAGCUCUCACGCUGACUACGAUCCGUCCACUGUAAUCAAAUCUAGCGUGAACGCCAGUAAAUCUAUUACCAAAGAAAAUAAUGAAAAUCUCAUAAACUAUCAAGACGAAUUUGAGUGGCUGCCAGGAAAGGAGGAAGUUCUUAUGGCACCUGGAGCCGGAAGAGACGUUGGUCUAGCGGUUGCUUUGAACGUUGAAACCAAAUAUUAUCGCGGUUCCAUAAGACCAUACGUAGGGGCCUCAAUAUUAAUUCACAGACCGUUCGAUUAUGCGGAAGUCGAUCUGCAAUCGACCGUGGUGGAGGAUGAUACUGAAUUAGCAAUAAUAUUAUCAGGAACUAUUGUGGAAAGUGUCAAGAGUGUACGUGACCUUACGUUGGAGCGUAGAAAUUGCUGGUAUAGCGAUGAAAUGAAACUGCGGAUAACGAACAGAUACAGCUUUGAGUCUUGCGUUACUGAAUGUAAAUUGAAUUACAUAAUAAAACUCUGUGAAUGCGCACCGUUUUAUUAUCCAAAGAUAUACGACAAAGUGAGAACCUGCGGUCUUAUGGAUUCUACUUGCAUAUGGACUUAUCAGAGAAUGUUAUCCACUUUGCAUACAAUCGGCACUACCCACUCAACAAAUAAUUCGUCUUAUGCCGAUUGCUCGUGUUUGCCGCAGUGCAGUGGUGAAUCUUACACGUUUAACACGGAACACGCAAAGCUGAUGGACGUACAAUACGAUUCCGCCAAUUUCCGUGAUAUGGUGAUGCGAAAUCACUCUAUGGUCUUCGUGAACUUUCGUGACAUCACGUGCCUGAAAUACCGGACCCAGUCAUUAAUGUCUUGGGAUGAUGUGCUUGCGUCCUUUGGUGGAAUUUUUGGUUUGUGUCUUGGUGGAUCCUUCAUCAGCGUCGUCGAGCUGCUUUACUAUAUCGUGAAAAGAAUCUUUUACGAGAGCUCGAGGGAACUAAAGUCUCAAAGAAAACAGGAAAUUGUGACGACAGAUAUUAUCACUCGAUCAAGGCGCAGGCCAGUGGUCAGUACCUCGCCAUAUUGGAGCAACAGGACAUUUGUCAAAAAAGAUUUUGACGGAGAAAUCAAUUCCGUUGCUCUGCACGAUAUAAAACGGUACAAACGUGACGUAAGGAGAAACGUACUUACGGCAAGGAAACAAUGGUAACGUAAUUUACCAAGUUAACGGAAUUAAGGUA